AUGGAUACCAGCGACGCGGUCCCGGAGGCGGAGGUAGAACUGGACUCCGAAGCACUUGUCCGGGAACAACAAAGGCGGGAAGCAGAACGCGCGGAACCUGCGGCGAACAUAGCAAAAGGUGGCAUCAAGGUCUCGUCGCGAAAUGGAGCAGUGCAUGACAUCGACGAAGAAUCGCCACUGCUAGGUCAAAGAGACGGCGCAAACAACGAAGAGGAGGAACGGCGGCCGUCAUGGGGCAGCAUAGAGGAGUUUGCACAUCUCCCAUGGUGGAAGAGGCCUUCGAUAUUCUGGGUGAUAGGACCAUUCUUCAUCCUGGCCUGCGCUUUUGGAGGUAUAAUAACGCCGAAGCUCAACCUCAUCCUGGAGCUGGUAUGUCGGGAAUACAUGGCCGAGAACAUGAGCAAGAUACCGGGCUUUACCAUGGCCCCGGUCGACUUCAAUGGCGGCGACAACAACCAGUGUAGGAUACCGGAAGUGCAAUCAAGGGCGUCUAUGUUCACACUAUGGGGCAGUGUGAUCGCGGGCAUACUCUCCGCGAUAACGAGCCCGAAAUUUGGUGCAUUGUCCGAUCGAUAUGGUCGCAAACCGAUCCUCAUCACGACCAGUAUCGGAACAGUCCUGGGCGAGGUCAUCUUCAUCGCGGCAGCCAUGUACCCCGAGUCCUUCCCGGUGCCCUGGCUUCUGUUCAGUUAUGCAUUGGAUGGAUUGACUGGAUCAUUCAUCGUCGCAAUGUCCAUUAGCAAUGCAUAUGCCACGGACUGCACACCACCAAACAUGCGAAACGUCGCCUUUGGCUACUUCCACGGUUGUCUCUUCACCGGCAUAGCACUUGGUCCGAUCAUCGCGGGAUACAUUGUCAAAUGGACGGGCAGGAUCGUGAUAGUGUUUUACAUCUUGACGGCAGUACAUCUGGCUUUCAUCCUGUUCGUGCUCGUGUUUGUGCCGGAAUCACUGUCUAAGAAGAGACGGGACAAGGCGAUACAGAAGCACGAUUUGGCGCAGGCUCUGAUAGGGCCGGACUGGGACUGGAUCAACGCUCUCCGCACUCUCAACCUUCUUGCUCCAUUGAAGAUCCUGUGUCCGACCGGUCCGGGGACAAGCCCAGCUCUCAGACGCAACCUGAUUGUCCUGGCGGCUGUCGAUACCAUCGUCUUUGGCGUAGCUAUGGGCAGCCUCAGCGUGGUCGUCCUUUACGUCAACUUUACCUUUGGAUGGGGUGUUUUCGAAUCGGGGCGAUUCAUGACGAUAGUGAACAGCUCGAGGGUCCUGUGUUUGAUCGUUAUCUUGCCCAUCGUGACGAGAUUGGUCAGAGGCAAGGCCGACCCGAGCAAGCAGAAAUCCAAAGGAUGCGAUCGAUUUGAUCUGGCUGUCAUCCGCUUCGCGAUCUUCUUCGACAUGUUGGGCUUUCUUGGAUAUGCCCUAUCAAAGACUGGGGGACCUUUCACCCUGUCUGGUGUUGUGGCUGCUGUUGGUGGAAUUGGUUCACCUACAGUUUCUGCAUCCCUUACGAAGCAUGUUCCCGCAGAUCGGACAGGUCAGCUUCUUGGUGCUACAGGACUAUUGCAUGCGCUCGCGAGAGUCGUUGCGCCUGCGAUUUUCAAUGCCAUCUAUUCAGCAACAGUUGGCACCUUCAAGCAGACGGUGUUUGUGUGUUUGUGUGCGACAUUCGGUUUGGCAUUCAUCGUUUCGUGGUUCAUCAGGCCUGGUAUCUAUUCCGACGAAGACCUCGCAGCAGAAGGAGUGGGAGAGGAAGGUGCAGACGUGGCACAGACAGCAGAAGGCCGACUACCGAUUGUCAACGCUGUCAGCGAUGCCGCACGUCACGUUGGUGCAUGA